GCUCGCUUCCUCGAAGCGAAAAAUGCAAGACGGCGCCGAGACUCGCAAUCUCCCGAUCGACAUCGCCUUCGCUCGUCUCGGAGAAUGGCUGGUGGAUCGGAAGAGGAUUCCUCAAGACUGGAGGAAGCGGCUGACCGCGAUCAGAGCUCGCAUCUCGUCCGCACUCCCAUCGCUGCCGAGGGAUCUGGAUCCCUUCUUGCAAACCCUUGAUCCGGAAGAAAUUGGCUAUCUGGAAGCAAAGAAUAUAUAUAGCAUUCUUUUAAAUUCGACCACAGAAAGUCGUAAUAUCUUUGGAAGAUUAUCAGGUUCUGCCGGAGAAUGGGAGUCAAUUGUGCGAUCCUUUGAGAAGGACCAUAUUUUUCUUGGCGAGGCAGCUCAAAUUAUGGUUCAGAAUGUUAACUAUGAAAUUCCAUAUCAGAAAAAACAGAUGCAAAAGGUUCAACAACAAUUAGCUGAACUAGAACGCAAGGAGACCGAUAUUAAAAGAAAUGCUGCUCUAUCUGCUGCUAAAUACUCUGAAGCCUGUCAAGAACUUGGUUUGCAGGGGAAUAACGUAAGAUUGGAACUUCUGGAGGCUGCCAAGACUCUUCCUUCUACCUUCAGCAAAAUUUUGGAAGUUCUUAAUAGUGAUUCCAUGUUUAAGGCCAUGGAAUAUUAUCAGAACUUUGUUAAAGAUGUUCAUACAGAGAAAGAGAAAAGUCCUGGUUCUGUGCUUGAAAAUCUUAGGCACCUUCAUGAAAAUCCACCUUCUCUUUAUGUAUCAAUGUCUGCUGAGGUCCAAAACUCUCUUAGUGACAUGUCAAUGUCAGAUGUCCAUGUUUCAGCGGGGACACCUAUGGAUACUAUUCUUCCCAUGGGUGGUAUUGACUGGAAUAUUUCUGUAGAUGAUACCCAAAUCGAUUGGGAUGUUGAUGCUGUUGAGCAACUUGAAGAAUCAGGCAAUAGCUUUGGGUCUUAUGAAAUAAUUGAUUAUAAUGUAGACUUAAAGGAUUCUGAAAAUGGCAAAGAUCUGCUAUAUGAUAACACAUCAUCAAAAAAAACUGAGGGUGUUGUCCCCGAAGCUUCAGAAUCAGAAAUAUGCUGGGAUAUUAGUCUUGAAAAUCCUCAAGUUGAUAUGCUUGAAGAUGCUGUUGUACCAGUUGUUGGAAUAGAUAAACCAAAUCCAACUGAAACUUCACAAUCCGAAAGUUUUGAAGAAAGAAGUCAAUUACUGGAGACAGAGUUCAGGAAUAAGAUACUUGAUGAUUUGUUUGAGGUCAAAUCAUUUUUAAAUCAGCGGUCGAUAGAGAUGAGAAGUGAAGAAACUUCUUCCUUACAGCAUCAAGUUCAGGCAGUAGCUCCUUCUGUUCUGCAACAAUACUCCCCUGAUGUUGUACAGUUGAUGAUAUCUGAGAUAUCUUCUGCCCUAUCCAUGCUCACAGACCGCAAAAUGCGUGACUUGAUUAUGAUACUUAAUUCCAAAAGAUUUCUCGACAGACUGGUGCUCACGCUGGAGGAGAAGAAAAAUCAUGAAGUUAAGCUUCGUGAAAGCUUGAAUGAUUUGUCAGUUAGACGUGUUGAGCUGCAGAAUACGUUGUCAUCAUCCUGGCCUAAGCAUGAAGCAGCCAUUGCUAAAACCAGGGAACUGAAGACGCUUUGUGAGACAACCUUGUCAUCGUUGUUUGACGGAAGACCAGUCAACAUAAUUGGAGAGAUCAACACAUUGUUAACUGCUAGCAUCAGUUCGUGAGGUAUUGCUGAUUACCAGGAAUUAGUAUGGCUUACAUCCUGUCGUCAUCUCUGCUAGAUCUUACAAAAUUUUCCCUUCACAGACAAGAUGUCUCCCAUUGUCUGCUAGCCUGAGUAUUUCAUAGGACUGACUAUCCAUUGUAUUUUCAGAAAAAAAAGAGCUUUAGUGAAAAAGAUGUUUCCUUUUGUGAUGUUGCUGAGGACAACAGCGACUUAGUUAUGAAUUUGCCUUAUAUCAACAGCUUUAUAAAAUGAUCAUAUAUUCUUCGUU